UCCCUCUGAGCUAUCAUCUCUCCACAAGCUUUGAAAAGAAGAUUUCCUUCGUUCCCAACGAUGGUCGGGUGGUGAGUUAAAAGAAAAGUGUGCAUUUAUGUGUCUGUGAGAGGAGUACACAUCUUGAAGUAGAGGGAUGGCGGAACUCUCAGAGACGUACGCUUGCGUUCCAUCGACUGAGCGUGGCCGGGGAAUCCUGAUCUCUGGCGAUCCGAAGUCCGACUCUAUCAUUUACUGCAAUGGUCGGGCGGUGAUUAUUCGGCGCCUUGGGGCUCCGAUGGAUGUGUCAAUCUAUGGCGAGCACGCGCACCAGACGACGGUGGCGCGCUUCUCCCCUAACGGCGAGUGGAUUGCCUCUGCCGACGUCACUGGUAUGAUUCGAAUUUGGGGCAGCCACGGUGACCGCGCGCUGAAGUGCGAGUUUCGCGUCCUCUCUGGCCGCAUCGACGAUCUCCAGUGGUCUCCUGACGGCCAGCGCAUUGUUGCCUCAGGCGACGGAAAGGGAAAAUCCUUUGUUCGUGCAUUUAUGUGGGAUUCAGGCACUAAUAUCGGGGAAUUUGAUGGCCAUUCAAAGAGGGUAUUAAGUUGUGAUUUUAAGCCAACUAGACCAUUUCGUAUUGUCACAUGUGGAGAGGAUUUUAUCUUGAACUUCUAUGAAGGUCCUCCAUUUAAAUUUAAACAUUCCCACAGGGAUCACUCUAACUUCAUUAAUUGUGUCCGGUUCUCGCCAGAUGGGAGUAAGUUCAUUUCUGUAAGUUCUGAUAAGAAGGGCAUAAUAUUUGAUGGAAAGUCUGGAGGUAAGAUUGGUGAGCUGUCUGCACAAGAGGGUCACAAGGGAAGCAUAUAUGCAGUUAGCUGGAGUCCAAAUAGUAAAAAUGUCUUGACAGUGUCUGCGGACAAAACUGCAAAAGUGUGGGACAUCAUGGACGAUGGAAAUGGUAAACUGAAAUGCACACUUGCUUGCCCUAGUUCUGGUGGAGUGGAUGACAUGCAAGUUGGCUGCCUAUGGCAUGGUGACCAUCUUGUCACUGUUUCUCUUGGUGGAAUGAUAUGUAUUUUUUCAGCUAGUGAUCCAGAGAAGCCACCCUCAUCUUUUUGUGGACACAUGAAAAGCAUCAAUGGUUUGUCUUGUUUGCUGCAAAGUGGUCAGAGAACCAUCUUGUCUACCAGCUAUGAUGGUGCCAUCAUAAAAUGGGUUCCUGGCAUAGGUUAUGGUGGAAAAAUACAUAGGAAGGUAAACAGUCAGAUUAAAUGCUUUUCUGCAACUGAAGGAGAGCUUCUUAUUUCGGGCUUUGAUAAUAAAGUACAUAGACUUCCUUUAAAUGAAAGUCAGUGUGGACAGGCAGAACCUAUUGAUGUUGGAUUUCAACCAAACAAUUUACGCUUCAUUUUGAAGUGCCCUGACCUUGCUUUUGUUUCUACCGAUUCUGGGCUUGUCCUGUUACGGGGCACAGCAGUGGCAUCAACGGUAAAUCUUGGUUAUGCUGCCACAGCAUCAGCAGUUUCACCUGAUGGGUCUGAGGCCAUUGUUGGUAGCCAAGAUGGAAAGCUUCGCAUAUAUGCCAUUGAAAGGGACAUGUUCAAGGAAGAAACAGUCCUAGAAAAACACCGAGGAGCUAUUACUUUCAUCCAGUAUUCACCUGAUGCUUCCAUGUUUGCCUCUUCCGAUGCCAAUCGUGAAGCUGUAGUAUGGGAUCGUGCAUUGCGAGAGGUGAAGCUGAAGAACAUGCUCUACCACUCUGCUCGAAUCAAUUGUCUUGCUUGGUCUCCUGACAACCGCCUGGUUGCGACUGGCUCUCUUGAUACUUGUGUUAUUGUUUAUGACGUGGACAAACCUGCAUCAAGUCGAAUUACAAUUAAGGGAGCACACAUGGGAGGGGUCUAUGGAUUGGCUUUCACUGACGAAAAUAGCUUUGUCAGUGCAGGUGAGGAUGCGUGCGUGCGUGUUUGGACAUUGCUGCACAAGUGAUGCAGAAUAUUUAUUUAUUUCGUUUAUUUGUUGUUUGAAAAAUAGCAUUUGCUUAACUUGUUUGUGCCAUUUUUUAUGUUGUUUCUUAUUGUAAUUUUUGAGAAAAUGCAUCGGUCUUUGUGCUCGUGGGUAAUCAAGGGUUGUGCUAGUUUUAUGGUCAUGAUUGUCUAUAUUUCUGCAAU